GCCAAGUCCCGGGGCAACCAAAGAGCAACACACCAGCUCGUUCUCACCCCUUAGAUCACACCUAAUACUGACCGAGUGCUAAAAUGAAUCAGCUGGGUAUAUCAGCAGUGUCUCCCUCAGACCUGCAUCUUACUUUCUGCUACUGCCUUUUGUUUUGAGUCCAGGUCAUAAAUUCAGUCUUGUUUGUGCAGGUGGAGUUUAAAGCCAACAGAUUCAACAUCCUUCUCCUUCAUUUAGAGUGAAUUUUCUAGGAUAUGGGCGACCAAGAUAAAAUAUUAUCCCGCCCUAUUUUCCGCCGGGAUGUUGGAUGGGAGCCUUUCCCAAACUGGACUCAACCAAGCCGCAUCUUUGCACAGGAUUUUGGCCUCCCUCCCUUCUUGGAUCCCAGUGAUCUGGACUGGUUGAACUGGGCGAAGAGGAGACUGGCGUCGUUCUCCUGGCCUGGGUACGCACAGACUCCUCUUCUGCCUCCGCUGAGCAGUCAGAACCCUGCAGCGGCAAAUCCAAAGGGUGUGAGACAGCUGACAGGUGGGGUGUCAGAGAUCCAGACGGGGCAGGACAGCUGGAGGAUUAGCCUGGAUGUCAACCACUUCUCACCAGAGGAAAUUACCAUCACAACCAAGGAGGGUUAUCUGCUAAUAUCAGGUACAGCUUGAUUGAAGUGAAAACUGAUAUAUUUGAGGUAAACAAAUCAUAGCUAGUUGUAAAUAGUCUUUAUGUUUUCCUUUUAGGGAAUCAUGAGGAAAGGCAGGAUGAGCAUGGGGCAGUUUCAAGAUGUUUCACCAGAAAAUACAAGUAAGACUGAAGGAUAUUUGUGACCAACAUCUCUGUGAAUGUAACUUGAUGUAAUUAGAGAUCCUAAAUGUUCACUUGUUCAUUUGAUUUGGCGUGUAAGAUGAUGAUGGACUCUCUCUGCGUUCCUCCAAGGUUGCCACAAGGAGUCGAUUUGCAGCACAUCAGUUCCUCUUUGUCCACUGAUGGAGUUCUGUCUGUAGAGGCUCCCACUCCUGGGACAUCCCCCAGCGAUUCAGCCAGUGAGAUCGUCGUACCAGUUCAGAUCAGACAGACGCAGGACGGUGAAAAGUGACACCAGUAAGCCGGAUCUAAUUCUGAUGUAACCGGCGUUGUGUGAAGCUCCUUUUGUUUGUAAGCUUUGGCACAAACAAGUGAAAGUGUUUGUUGUAGUGCAUGAAGUGAGAUCAAGAAAAACAAAAGUGAAGCCAAAACAUUUGGAGCUCUCUAUACUGACAGGCUGCUGUAUAGAUAAUCAAUUCUGUCUCCUCCAUGUAAACAGAUUGGACAUGGGUCAAACUGUAAAACCAUAAUACAUGUCAAAGAAAUUGUUCUCAAACGUGAUGUCUGUCAUUAUAAUUACUUUUUAUCAUGUUGAUUUAGGCCCAAAUGUUUAUUUUUCUGACCAGUUUCUCUUAAAUCACUUGAUGCCAUGAUGAAGAAAUGCAGUGCUGUGAGCUCCUGCUAACCGGCUGCAGGAAAGGUCUUAAACCCCGCCUUCUUUAUGACGAAUAUGUCAAACUAGAAAAUUAAGCAGGUAGUUCUCAUCAUGCUGAUUUAUGUGCAAAUGGGAAGUCUAGAUUUACAAGGUUAUUUGAUGAUAAAAAGAUGAUCCUGUUGAGAAAUGCGGGUCCCUGCGAAACUUUUCUCCAAUAGAGUAGACAAGGAACGGUGAAAGACAACAAAACAAACGUUAACUCAGGCCUCAUUGGACGAACCAUUAAGCUUACUUCUUAAAUCAACCUCAGAACAAAAGAGAGAUCUUUGACUUUGUAUUGGUGAGUUUAAUUUUGCUCUGAUCUCCAUAAGGUGUGCGAUAUUGCCACUGUGGAUGCCCUGCACAUCACUUCACAUUUAAAUGUUCAUUUGAUGUACAGUUAAUGGCACCAGAUCAGUAAAAAAGAGGAGAAACAGCAAAAACGUAACUAAAACUAUCACAGAAGUUAUUGAAUUUUCCAGAGAGUGUCCAUUACAAACAAAUGCAAGAAUCUGUUCGCUGAAGACGGUAUCGAUCUGAGGGAUCUUUGGUGUUUUGAAUGUAAGACAAAUAUGUGUUUUGGUCUGGGUUAGGCUCCACACUGCAGCUCCCUACUGCUCCAACAACGAAGUGCCAGUCACAUGUUAUUUUGGCUUCACUCUUGUAUGAUAGGAAGUGGUAUCUUUAUGUAACGGUGAGCAAGUUUUGUACAAGCAAGUUUUUAUGCCAAAAGUUGCUGUCAAAUAAAAAUGCAGAGUGAAGUGACUCUAAACAUAAAAUAUAUUCUUGCAUGUCCACCGUGACCUUCUUUUUCAAACAACACAUCAUACAUGUUCUUAUGCAUUAUUACUAUAUUCAUUUAGAAAAACAACAAUCACAAGUCGGUGGUUUCAGAGAGAUUUUGAAUGGAAAGAUUUCUUUGGCAAAGAGUAGACAGAGAGUAGCACUGUAAUACUUCUUGUCCUGGAUGCAGUCUGAAUAUUUAUAUCUUAACAGCAAAAGAUGUUUGUACAUCUGGAGAAAAUGUACUCGUGUGAAAUAGAAUAACUUAGUGGGCAAUGAACUCAUAUGAUUUUAUUUUGGUUGGUUUAAAAACUGUAAAUCUUUUUUGUCUUUACUAAAAGUUUCAUAAAGUUACUGCCAAAUUAAUGAGUCUUAUUAAGUUCUGUCUUCAACAAAUGUAUGAAACAGCUCAUGGUGUGAAAUAAAAAGAUUCCUCUUCA